AUGGUGGAUAAUGUGGGAGGAUUGGAGGGGAGGAUUGGAGGGGAGGAUUGGAGGGGAGGAUUGGAGGGGAGGAUUGGAGGGGAGGAUUGGAGGGGAGGAUUGGAGGGGAGGAUUGGAGGGGAGGAGGGGAGGACUGGAGGGGAGGAUUGGAGGGGGGGAUUGGAGGGGAGGAUUGGAGGGGAGGAUUGGAGGGGAGGACUGGAGGGGAGGAUUGGAGGGGGGGAUUGGAGGGGAGGAUUGGAGAAGAGGACUGGAGGGGAGGACUGGAGGGGAGGACUGGAGGGGAGGACUGGAGGGGAGGAUUGGAGAAGAGGACUGGAGGGGAGGACUGGGAAGCCCCGCGCGCCCUCCCCCUUCCUCGUCCCCGUCCCCGCCCUCGCCCCCUCCCCGGAGCUCUUCCACCUGCAUCAGCUGCGCCACCUGCGCCAGUUGCGCCACCUGCAUCCGCCAUUCGAGACCGCUAUGGACGCCCCACCUGGGCUGGCUUUCACUCCUGCUGGCGAUUUCCCAGCCGUCCCUCCCACUAUCCCUCCCCCUUUACCCAUCCCCGCCCCUCCUCCUGCUGCCGGGGGUUUUGGUCCCCCUCCUCCCACUGCUGCCCCUUUUACCCCCCCUGCUCCUGCUGUCAUGCCUUUAAUCCCCCCCACUCCUGCUGACCCACCCUGA